UUUGGGGUCGAAAAUGUGAAUAUAAUUGUUCAAAAAAAUGUUUGAAUAAACAGUGUCAUAUGGAUCAAUCAUGUUUUUCAUGUGUUUCAGGAUUUCACGGAAAAUAUUGUAACAUUACAUGUCCUCGAAACUGUUUAGAUUCAUGUGAUAUGGCAGGUAAUUGCAACAACUGCAAAAUAGGAUAUUAUGGCAAACAUUGCACCAAGAAAUGUCCAUAUUACUGUAAAGACAAUUAUUGCUUUAUGAAUGGAAACUGUGCAAAAUGUUCUAGUGGGUUUUAUGGCCCUCAAUGUAAUGAAAGGUGUUACUCACAUUGCUUUGAAUGUACGAAUGGAACCAUCUGUGAUUCAUGCCCGGUUGGUUUCUUUGGUAUUACAUGUAGCGAGCAAUGUGGUUACUGUAAGGAUGAUACAUCUUGCGACAUAAAAACUGGUAACUGUAAACAGUGCACAGACAAAAUGUAUGGAAGUAAAUGCGAGUUUCAAAACUGCCUUUCGAAUUGCUUAAAUGAUUCAUGCAAUGUAAAGAGCGGUUUGUGCGACUUAGGAUGCAAACAAGGUUAUUGGGGAAACUAUUGUAAUAAUACAUGUUCCAGUAAAUGCUUGAAUGGCACAUGCAAUAAGGAGAAUGGGAUUUGCAUUAGCGGCUGUAUUGAUGACAAGUGUGACUGUUCAAAGAAUUGUAUUUGUGAUCAUGAAGACGGAUUUUCAACUAGCCUAUUAAAACCUAUACAUAAAGUUUUGAUGAUUGUUAUGCUUCUUAUUCUGAUAAUAAUGGCUGGCUUGAUAUGGAUAUUUGUUCGUAAAAGGUAUAUACAUCAGAAAAAUCGUAUAACCAGGAGUUUAGGAGAGUCCAUAACUUAUAAACAAGCGAGAAGAGCAGAGGAAAUGUUACUUUGUGAACAUGAGACUAACCGAAGAGAACAAAACAGCCCACAAAGACACGUGUAUGCAAAUUUAGAUGAUAUUGGGGAUGUAGCAAUAAAUGCCGGUGAUUUACCUUCACUGGGAACUGUUAACGGUGCCGAAUAUGCAUUUAUUGAGGGAAAACAACUACCCGAUAUUAAUGAUGACAGAGAAGACGACAUGACUGAGGCUGCUAAUAUCAAUGAAACGGCUAACGACUGUUUAUACGCCAAUGCAGAAUACUAUUUGAGAAGAAGAGUCCCAGUUAAUCAACUCAAAGCAUUUAUUAAGAGCAAAACGGAUAUUGAGUACAUAGAAGAAUUUAUGAGUUUACCGCAUGGACUCAUUAAACCGUUCCAUGACUCACAGAAGGCAGAAAACGUAUUGAAAAAUCGAUAUAAAGAUAUUUACCCUUAUGACAACAAAAGAGUUAUUCUUAACGACAGAGAAUCAGACUACAUCAAUGCCAGCUAUAUAGACGGUUAUAAAAGACAGAAGGUUUAUAUAGCAUCUUUAGGACCAACAGUUAAGCAAAUGGGAGCUGAUUUUGGUGUAUUCUGGAAUAUGGUUUGGCAAGAAAGAGUUUGUAAAAUAGUCAUGCUGACAAAUCUAGAAGAACUUGGGGUUCAGAAAUGUGACAAAUACUGGCCGGAUAAAGAUGUAUGCAUCAUGUAUGAAGACGUGAAAGUAAAAUGCCAGUCUGAGGAGAUAUAUCCUUGUUUCACAGUCAGGAUUUUCUCUGUUGAGAAAUCCGAAAAGAGAAUACUUUAUCAGAUGCAUUUCACAGCCUGGCCAGACAAGGGUACACCGCGGGAUGUCCAUAGCAUGAUCGAGUUUUGGGAGAAAUUGACAAGAAUACCUCGAUUUGAACUGGGACCAAUAGUUGUCCAUUGCAGUGCCGGUGUGGGACGAACAGGGACAUUUCUUGCAUUAGAUAUAUUAGCCAAUGAGGGAGUUGCUGAGGGGACCGUGGACAUAUUUGCUUGUGUCAGAAACUUAAGAGAAGAUCGAGUUAAUUUAGUACAGACAGAGCCACUCACAGAGAUUAUUCAUAUUGAAUGUGCUGACGGAUCAACACUUCCAUAUUUAGGAUACAUUCAAGCAGAUAUCAGUAUACCGAAUGGAAUUCCAGAGUCCAAGAAUCACACUUGUUUAUUUUUGAUUGUACCGGAUACUAAUUAUUCAGCUAGAACACCAGUCAUUUUAGGAACCAACAUUUUAGACAUACUUCUAAAGGAAUGUAAGGACAAUUUUGGAGACCAAUUUUUACAGAGAAGCAAACUGUAUAUACCAUGGUAUUUGUGUUUCAGAACCAUUGAGCUUAGAAAGAGAAAACUGCAACAUAACAAAAACAGAAUCGCCAUUGUAAGAAGUGCCGCACCCUAUAAAGUAUUGAUAAGGCCAAAUGAGACCAUCACCAUUGAUGUUUAUACUGAUAAAGAGAUAGAUCAUCCCGUGACAAAUGCCAUUUUUCAGGAAACUGAGGAUGCUUCUAUACCAGAAUUCAUAGAUGUCACACCAGCAUUAGUCAAGUAUGAAUAUGGGAAUAACCAUUGUAUGAAGAUUACCUUAUCGAAUCUUACAACCAACACGGCUACAAUUUCACCUAAAGAGAUGAUUUGCGAAUUACAACCAGUUAACAUUACAGAUGAAGCAUUACACAAAUUGGAAGGUGAAGAGUUAGACAGAGCAAGAGCCAGAAUAGUAUUAGAAUUGAAUCUGGACAAUAACAACUCAUUGACAGAUGAACAAAGAACAAGACUACGACAACUUUUAAUGACACAUAGGGAUAUAUUUUCAACUUCCGACAUAGACAUAGGACAGUGUAACAGGGUGAGACAUAGAAUUGAUCUAUUAGACUCUACACCAUUCAAGCAACGACAUAGAAGGAUUCCACCAUCAAUGAUAAAUGAAGUAAGGCAACAUCUAGAACAACUAUUGGCAUGUGCGACUCUUACGAACGAAAGAUUGGAUAUCAUACUCACUCGCCUGAAGUCAUGCAACCUGAAACUAGCUUCCGAAAAAUGUGAAUUCUUCAAACAACGAGUCAAAUUUCUAGGUCAUGUAGUCAGCAGUGAAGGCAUAGAAACAGAUCCAGACAAAAUCCAGAAAGUACGUGAUUGGCCAACACCGAAUAAUUCAGAGGAGCUACAUUCUUUCCUUUCAUUUGCCAGCUAUUACAGAAGAUUCAUUGAAGGAUUCAGCAAAAUCACCAGACCACUAGCAGAACUUAUACCCCACAACACUUCAAAGAGAGGAUGCAAGAAAAAGGCAACUAAACCAUGGAAUUGGACAAAGAGAGAGCAAGACAUAUUUGAAGAGCUGAAGAUAACAUUAUCAUCCCCACCUAUAUUGGCAUAUCCGGAUUUCUCCAAACCCUUUGAGCUACACACGGAUGCCUCGACAAUAGGACUUGGUGCGAUACUAUACCAACAACAAGGAGAACAUAAAAGAGUUAUUUCAUAUGCUUCAAGAUCACUUUCGAAAUCGGAAAAGAAUUACUCAGCUUAUAAACUAGAAUUUUUGGCAUUAAAAUGGGCAGUAACUGAGAAAUUUAAAGAUUAUUUGACUGGAAAUCAUUUCACCAUAUAUACAGACAACAAUCCUUUGACUUAUGUGCUGACUUCAGCUAAAUUGGAUGCAACCGGUCAAAGAUGGGCAGCAGCGCUUGGAGAAUUUGACUUCGAGAUACACUAUCGACCUGGAAUGAAAAAUACAGAUGCUGACGCCAUGAGCAGAUAUCCUACAGAUACAACCAUUCAAGAUCAGGAAGAAAGAACAACCAUAGAUAACAGCAUGGUGAGAGCAAUAUGUGGUGUAAUAAGUAUUCCAUAUGCAGAGACUCAAACAAUGAAUGUCAACAUCAUAGAUGCAACAGAAGACCCCAGUCAACCAAUGGCCCAGAUUGAGAUGAGAGAAAUAAGGAAGAAGCAAAGAGAAGACCCUUUACUAGACAGAUGGAGAAUAGCAGUGAUAGAUAAGACCAUUCCAGAUAAAUGUUUUGAUAAGAAAGACCAGAUUAUGAAGAAGAAUUUCAACCACUUAAAGAUCAAAAGAGGAAUCCUAUUUAGAGAAACAACUGAAGAUGACAACAAGAAAGAGCAACUAUGCAUACCAGAUGUUUAUAAAGAAGAAAUUUUACAUGGAUUACAUACUGAUGUAGGACAUCCAGGAAAAGAAAGAACCAGAAGAUUGAUCCAAGAAAGAUUUUACUGGCCUGGAAUGACAGCAGAUAUUGAUAGUUUUGUUUCAAAAUGUGACAGAUGCCUGAGAAGUAAAAGUCAAACCAACACAAGAGCUCCACUUGUUAAUGUUCAUACAACCUAUCCACUGGAAUUAGUUUGUUUUGACUAUCUGACACUGGAAUCAUCAAAAGGAGGAUAUGGAAACAUACUUGUCAUAACGGAUCAUUUUACUAAAUUCGCAUUAGCUAUUCCAACAAAGAAUCAGACUGCCAAAACUACUGCCGAAACUUUCUACAAUCACUUCAUCAUUCAUUACGGAAUUCCGACAAGACUUCAUUCAGAUCAAGGAGCUAACUUCGAAUCUCAACUUGUAAAAGAACUUUGUGAAAUCACCAACAUUAAGAAAUCUCAUACUUCAAUUUACCACCCACAAGGUAAUUCCGGACCAGAGCGGUUCAAUAGAACGCUUUUGGAUAUGCUAGGGACUCUCGAAAACUCACAGAAAAGCGAUUGGAAGAAGUACAUCAACUCACUAGUAUUCGCAUACAACUGUACCCCACAUGAGACAACCAAAGUAUCACCAUAUGAGCUUAUGUUCGGCAGGAAACCAAAACUUCCCAUUGAUAUAACUUUUGAACAAGCUAAAGAAGAUAAAACUAUCAACAAAACAACUCAGGAAUAUAUAGAAGACUUAAAAGAAAGAAUGAAUAGAAGUAAGGAGAUUGUACAGAAACACAUGGAUUUGGCAAAAGCGAAACAGAAGAAAUACUAUGAUAGGAAAGUUAGAGGUGCAAAGAUUGAGAUAGGAGAUUUUGUUUUAGUGAAGAUUUUGGCUCAUAAAGAAGGAAAACACAAGUUAGCUGACAAGUUCGAAGAAGACAUUUAUAAAGUUAUUGAUCAACCAAGAAAAGACAUUCCAGUGUAUUUAGUCAAAUCAAACAACGGCAAAGAACGCACACUACACAGAAAUCAUCUAUUCCUAGUUGAAUACCAAGAAGAAACAAAUGAGAACAUAGAAGAGGUGAAUGAGACAGAAGAGAGAGAAUCUGCAGAGGAGAAAGAUAGAGAUAAAGGGGAUGCAUCCGGACAGAAAACAUGUGACGUCACAGACUCAGAAGAUUCAGAUGAUGAAAUUGAUGAUAUAUUUGUUUCACAAACAAAAAUAGAUGGGGACGCCUAUCAGUCAAGAUGUAAUCAUACUGAAAGUGAGAAAGAAUCGGAAGUAGAUACAGAAGUACCUUUCAUUGAUACAAAUGUUGAAGAAACAGGCGUAAUCAAAGACAGCGUACAAGUAAUAGAAGAACCUGCAGUAGUUACUGAACCAAACGAUUCUAAAGAAGCAGAAUCACUGGUUGAAGAAGAGAAAAUAGAGGAGGAGAGAGAUGUUCAAACUGACCAUCUAGAACAACUUCACCUAAUAGAAGAAGAUUCAGAUAUAACCUGUAGUGUAGAGACAGAAGAUGAAACCAACAUUCAAGAACGUUUAACUGAAAGUAGGACAGAUGAAACUAUGACAGAAGAAAAUACAUGUAGAGAAGAUAGAACAUUACAAGACAUAGACAGAGAGACAGUAAAGAAGCAGGAGACAGAAGGAAUUGGAGUGAAGAAACGAAAGCGACAGUUACCACCAGAACCGACUAGAAAAUCAGAGAGAACGAAGAGAGUACCAGACAAAUACAAAGACUAUCAUAUGCAUAGCAUUAUUAACACUAGACCACAGUAUGAUCACAGAUUACAAGCAUUGGAAUCUAUGAUUGCUUCAGGUGUGUUGAAGAAUAUAGAAAUAGACACUGCAAGGAAAAUUGUUGAUGUUAUUAUGAAAUAAAUGCUAUAUUGAAUUGAUAUUGAAUUGAAAAUUGUACUUUACUGUACCAAUAAAUACAAAUUUGAGAUAACUAAAUGUGUUUUAAUAUUGAUUUAUUGCGAGGACGCAUAUGUUCCAAAGAAGGGGCGAGAAGAGAGAAGUUGAGCAUAUUUUUUGCAGGAAAUAUGAUUAUUGAUCAUAAUUCGCGACAUGACGCAUAUGUUUUUUUCGCAAUAAGUAUGAUUAUUUUGUUGCUUUGAAAUUGUUUUUUCGCGACGUUAUAUGCUAGCACGUUGAUCGCGAUAUUUGCGAGAGAAAAUUGAUGUCGUUUUGAGACACUAUGCAAACAUACUGAUUUUAUAUGCUUUAAAUUAAAACCAUUUUUUUGUAUUGAAAUGUAUAUUGUUUAAAAAUACAGCAUUGUAUUUUUGAUGCUGUUACAAUGAUAUGAUGUAUAGUUAUUUUAUGGAAGGACAAACAUUUUGUUCAUAAUUGUAGGAUAACCUUUAUAAAGGGGAAUGUUUGCUUCCAUGAAAUGUUGCUAAAUAUAUUUUAACUGACAGACUAUUUGACAUUACUAUUUGACAUGACAAUGACAUUUGACAUGACAAUGACGGGACGUCAUUUUCUCAAAGCAGGGAAGUGUGUAACCAAAGGGAAAUAAUCAGUUGUAGUUUAUUGAUUAAAAUCUGUAGGAGUGAUUUCCCUUGGCUGUUUUAUUAGUUAAUCAUGCGUGUAAUUGUUCCCGCCGUUUUCUGAGUUGUCAUCAGUUUUUGGUAGAAGGCAGACAUGUUUUUCAGUUGUUUAAAAUAAUAAAUUGGUUAUUAAUUCUUAAAUAGGAUUUUGGAUUUUGGAUUGAGUAUGUUGCAGUAACAUCACAAAGAUUGAGAGGAUUUUUGUAUGAGUGUCAUUGAGUCCAAUCCACAAUUGGGCUUGAUCUACUUAUUGAUCUACUUAUUGAUCUACUUAUUGAUCUACAUAUUAAUCUUCAUAUUGAUCUACAUAUUGAUAUCUUCUUGAUACUGAUUAUAUAUUGAUUGGUGCUUUUACAAGUGCUUGAUGUGAAGUUGUGAAUGUGAUGUGACUUUAACCUCUUGGGUUAAAUCUACUUGAUCUUUAUGUUGAUAUAGUAAUAUACUGAGAUCAUACAAUGAAUGGACAUUUCAAUUAAAAGUAUUGAACGAACUCAGCCUCGUUGAUAUUUAUUCCUUUACAUCUUUAAGGGCAUAAUUUUAACAAAGGUAACAUAUAUG